AUCAUCAUCGGCUGCAGUUUAAAAAACAACAGGAGAAAAACCAAAGAAAAGUGAAGAGAGAGGAUCUUUAAUAGUAUUUGCCGAUUUGGUAAGCGGGGGAGAGAUGGAGUGAGGGCCGAUGCAUGGCUAAAAACGUAGUUGUAAGAUGGGAGGCAGUGGCUCGAGCUGAGCAGCAUCACCCACGUGAACCAUCGGCAGCUGGGGACCCCAUGUAGAUCCUCCGUAUCCGAAAGUGGGCCCCACAGCCAUUCCCCUUCCAAAGCGUAUGUAAGCAAGGGGAAGGGGGCCACCCCGCACCAGAAGCAACCCUCUCUCUCACACACGUGUCUUCCCAACCCUUGCACGUGAAUGGCCACGUGUCUUCCAUUCUGGCCCCCACCUUACGCUAGUGCCACCCUUUUGUCCUAUAAAUUUAGAACCUGUAUCUCAUAUCCUAGACACAAAAAGAGCGACAUAGUCAGACUCAGAAACUCUACUCAGGCGCUUCAGCAAAAACCUACCCUUUUUCCUUCAAAUUCCUCGUUUGCCUUCAAAGCCACCAAUUUUAUCUUUAUACCCAACAUUAAAAAAGAACCAAAAAAAAAAAAAAAAGGGGGCAAAGCAAAGCAAAGAAACAAGAGGAAUCUGUGCAUAUUGAUUGUUGCGUAGUAAAUCUUUGAAAGCGUUAUCUGGGCUUACGUUAACGCUGCCACCAAAGAUCUUGUUCCUUUUCUCAUCUCUUUCAUCCUUAUCUAUCUCCCCUUUAACACCUUUUUAUUUGCUCUUUUUCUUCUCUAUAUAUUCAUUUCAUUGUUCCAAAGAAACCAUACCUUGCGGCAGCAAAAACAAGGGGAAGAAGCAUUGUUCUGCUUUGAUAUGGCAACCAAGCUUCUUUUAACAUUUGCUAUUUGUAGAUUGAUUGUUACUGUGGGAUUGACCCUAGACCCCACGGAGCUUCUCCGCCUGGGUGUUGACGGUCAACUCAGUGUUGAACCCACCGACGUGGAAACGGCUUCUCUCGAUUUUGGUUUGCUCACCCGAGCCAAGCCGCUGGCUGUCUUGCAUCCAGCUUCGGCUCAGGACAUAGCUCAGCUUGUUAAAGCAGCCUACAGGUCAAAUCACGGGCUCACCGUGUCGGCUAGGGGACAUGGGCAUUCCAUAAACGGACAAGCUCAAACCACAAACGGGGUGGUGAUUCAGAUGAGUGGUUCGAAAGGGGGAAAUGGGCUGACCUCAGGGAGGAAGCCACCUCACCCUCGAGUUUGGGCUCGAGAGAGAUACGUGGACGUGUGGGGUGGGGAGCUUUGGAUAGAUGUGUUGAAGAGUACCUUAGAGUAUGGACUCGCACCAAAAUCAUGGACCGAUUAUUUGUACCUUUCAGUUGGUGGGACUUUGUCAAAUGCUGGAAUUAGUGGCCAAGCUUUCAAUCAUGGUCCACAAAUUAGCAAUGUCUACGAGCUUGACGUCGUUACAGGAAAAGCUGAGCUCUUGACAUGCUCGGAAGAACUAAACCCAAAACUGUUUCAUGCUGUUCUUGGCGGUUUAGGACAAUUUGGGAUUAUCACCAGAGCUAGAAUUUCUCUUGAGCCAGCUCCACAAAGGGUAAGGUGGAUCAGGGUACUGUAUUCCAAUUUGUCGGCUUUUACCAGGGAUCAAGAAUAUCUUAUAUCUCUGCAUGCACAAUCAGUUAGCCAGAAAUUCGACUAUGUUGAAGGUUUCGUAAUUGUAGAUGAAGGGCUCAUCAAUAAUUGGAGAUCAUCUUUCUUUUCCCCUCGAAACCCUGUCAAAAUUUCGUCUCUUGGGGCUAAUGGAGGCGUCUUGUAUUGCUUGGAAAUCACCAAGAACUACCAUGAAUCUACUGCUGAUACAGUUGAUCAGGAAGUAGAGUCUUUGUUGAAGAAAUUAAAUUUUAUACCGACGUCAGUGUUUACAACUGAUCUGCAGUAUAUGGAUUUCUUGGAUCGGGUCCACAAGGCCGAGUUGAAGCUCCGGUCCAAAGGCUUGUGGGAGGUUCCGCACCCAUGGCUAAACCUUUUUGUCCCCAAGUCAAAGAUUGCUGACUUCGACGAAGGAGUCUUCAAGGGCAUUUUGGGGAACAAAACGAGUGGACCAAUUCUCAUCUACCCAAUGAACAAAAACAAAUGGGACCCUAGGAGCUCCGUGGUGACGCCAGAUGAGGAUGUGUUUUACCUGGUGGCAUUGCUAAGAUCAGCCUUAGAUAAUGGGGUGGAGACCCAGAGCCUGGAGUACCUGACCAAUCAGAAUCGUCAGAUUCUCAGAUACUGUGAUGAAGCUGGGAUCAAUGUGAAGCAGUAUUUGCCUCAUUACACUACGCAAGAGGAGUGGAUGGACCACUUUGGCAAUAAGUGGGAUCGGUUCAAUCAAAUGAAAAUGGAAUUUGACCCAAGGCACAUUUUGGCCUCAGGCCAACAGAUUUUCACACCCUCCUUCCUUUCCUCUUCGAAUAUAGCUUCAUGGUUAUAACCAUUGAUACAAACAAAGCUAGAAACAGACAUUAACGUACUGACUUAGGAAUAUCUUGUUUUUGCUGUACAUAGAAAUGACAUCAAAGGGGCAAGAAGGGAAAAUGAUGAAAUUUUGGUAUACCAAAUUGGAAAGAGGGAUGAAAAGACUUGGGGGGGGGGGGGGAUAUGAUCUUUGCAAGGCACAUGUGAUGUUAUUGUGAUUGCAGUGCUCGUGACCCGACCGGCCCAACUGAUUGCCUUCUGGAUGUUGUCUACAGGUGGUUCCAGUUCCAUCCAGCGGGGAUUGGCGAUUUUCUGUUUUUACCCUUUUUUAGGACCUGUAAAUACAAAACUAGUUUGUAAAAAAAUGCAGUUCAUAAGUUUCAGAUGGAUGACAUAGACUACAGAGUAGUAGAUCUGCAAGGAUCUUUGUUUUGGGAUAUCCCAUGUUUUACUCAAGUUGCAGGACUCACUGGAUUACAAAGUCUUUGUCGCGUUCACAAGGCACAAUUGCAAACAAGACAGGAUUGGCAACAUCAUGUCAGAAACAAAACAAGAAAACUAUUAAGCAGUAACUCGUAGGAUAUGACAUGACAGAAACGUGCUAUGAAAACUGUCCUAUCAUGAUUAGUGCGCGGUUAACGUGACUUUUAAAGUGGCAUGGUCAUAGUUUCUUUUUUAAUUUCCACAAAAACAAAAAUGAAAAAUGACCAAUAAAGCGGAGGUAGACAAACUCACAAAUUAGACUUAAAAGGGUGAAAAACAAAAUAAAAGGGUAACUAUAGUGCUCUUAACUUUUGUACUCUCAAGGUAUCAAAACCUACUUAAAUCUUAUGUUAAUCUUAGCACAGAAAGUUAGAAGCAGCUAGCAUGUAAUGACACAGCAUGAUUGGCAUUAAUAUUGAAUCCUUUGCCUCGAUUUUCUUUGUGAAUUUUCUCUAGGCAAGUGAAUAUAUCAUUUUCUUUUUCAUUGAUGUUCCUUCAGCAACCAAUUUAACUGCCUGCAAUGUACUAACAAGGGCCCCUUUCAUAUUUUUUUUCCUCUGGUCUUCCAAGCAAGCCUGGUUGUAGAGGAAUAAGCCAAUUAUUGCAAAAAGAGGAAUUCCAAUGUGGGGUGAAGAACACAAUAGAAGAAAAGCUGAAUUCUAAAAACCAACACUUUCUCCAUUCUUAAACUCAAUUCUGAACAUUCAAUAAUCUGAAACUACUUCAAUAGUCCAAAGUCCUGUUUAUAUGGCUCCAUAAGCCAUAUGAUAUAAGGCCAGAUGACAUAAAGUCCAAAGAAAAUGAUGCUAGCCUAGUAAAGCCCACACAAAAAGGUUUCAAGAAAAGAAAGUAAGGCUCAUAAGUUUAAGCUCUAUUCUUAAAAUUUUUGCCUAAGGUAGGCCCACCUAAAACAUUUAGGCAGUGGUCCCUAAUUAUUUUUUUGGAUCAGAUGCAUUCCGUAAAAAAGUGAUAAAAAAAAGAACAUGC